AUGUACAGGAAAUUAGUGGUGCUCCUCCCCCUCCUGAUCCACCUGGUAGCCGGGGGUCAGAUUCAGGAUGCUGCCGAGGAGAUCGAUGUGCCGCCUGCCCACCGGGCUGCACCACCUCCGCCCCAGGCAGCUGGAGCUGCUGCUCCACCACAACCAAUGGGGCCACCAUUGGGGCCGCCACUGGGUCCUCCUGUGGGCUCUGCUCCGCCGCCGAGCUAUCCUUUGUACUACCCAGCUGCGUGGCUGCCAUUCGGACGCUUCAGCGCCUCCAUUCCCGUCCAGAUAGUCGCUGGCUGA